AUGGCCUCACCAAGAAUAAAGAAAGAAAGAAAAUUGAAUGGAAAGCGAACCUUGUUUGUAGAAGACAGAGAGUCCGAAAUCGGUGGCCUUGAGCGGUGCAUCCUCUGCCUUGCUGAGCAGCAAGAAAUUCUCGGGCUUCAAAUCCCUAUGAAUAACCCCCAUCGAAUGGCACGUGUGCACAAUCUGCACAAUAGUCCUGAGCAGGGAGGCGGCCGCACGCUCCGUGUAGUGGCCCUUUGCUAUGAUGCGGUCGAAGAGCUCCCCACCGGCGCAGAGCUCCAUGACGAGGUGGACCGAGUGCUUGUCCUCGUAGGCCCCCUUGAGCUCGACGAUGUUGGGCUGGCCCGUGAGGUGGUGCAUGAUCUGGACCUCACGGCGCACGUCCUCGAUGUCCUCCUUGUUGGCCAGCUUGCGCUUGGCGAUGGGGAUGGGGUUGUGGCUGUGGCGGCCGGCUUGGCCGAGGGGUCGGGGGGGACAUUUUCGUCCGCGGCACCACGGGAGCAGCAGGUGCCCAUCGGGAAGGAGGUGGAGAGAGAGAUAGAGAGAGGGGGAGAGGAGGAUUGA